GCUCAAAAUCGUAUUUUUUCGUAAAUUUUUGAAUUGCUACUAAAUCUUAGCGAACACAAAAUAUAUGACUGAAUCGCAAAGAAACUGUAGAAAUACUUCACACCUCGUCGUUUUGUCGUUCGUUGAUCACAAUAUUGCUUAUCGUGCAUUCAACACAUUUGAAGGUGGAGUACAAGCAACCAUAUAAACAAGAUACCAGCAUUGGAUCACUAUGCCAAUAAAUGAGGAAAGCAACACUGGUCGUAGGUAUUUUGACCAGACAAAAAGAGGGAGACAAAUCAAUGUUCUAUCGUUUGUGUUGCAGGAAAGAAGUAAAAAUUGCUGGUGAUUAAUGUGCGUGACGAUUUAUGUAUUUAUUAAAUUAAAAUACAUUUAGUUAAUAAAAAGCUGUAAAGUCUAAUAUUAAAGUAAAUGUGAUACAAAAAGGAGUGAUAUACGGUAAAGCCUAAGCGAUUUAGUUGUGAAUAAAAUAUAAAUUACAUCGUUGUUUGCUGUCCUGUGGCGAAUAAAUUGUUAGUUGCAUGGGACAAAAGUCGUGUAAUAAACAAAAGGAAAAAUAAAUGUUGCAACACAAUAAAAUUAACAUAAAAUCAUAGCGCAAAUUCAAAUCAAAUACUUUUAUAUCAAUAAGAAAACCAACGAAAGGUAUAUUUGUGUAUAUAUUGACAGAACAGAAGCGGCAAGCAAAGGAGGAACACCAAAUAGCAAAACAUCAACCAGUAAAGCAAGCAAAUAACAUGGCAAGCGAAAUCGAUGAUUUGAUAGAGAAGCUGAAAUCGAUCUCGGUGAGUGUGGAGAACACGUCCAGUGACAGCUACAGCAACACCAACAACCUACUCACCCAAAUAUCCGCUACGAAAGACCCCAAACUCUUCGACAAACAUGAAUUGGCCGAUCUCUUCAUGGCUUUGGCACAAUCAGAGGAAUUGAACAUACGCAAGGAGGCAGCAAAAUGCAUUGCCGAAAUCACAAAAUCCGAAGUGCAACGUAAAAAAUUCACAAAACGUGAAAUUAUCGAAGUGUUUCUGAAAUGUCUACGCGAGCUGCCGGCUGAUGCGAAUAUGGAGUUGCCCAUACAAAUAUGCCGAGCUCUCGGCAAUAUCUGCUAUUUGAAUGAUGAGGCGCGCGAUCUCAUACUCGAGCUGCAUGGCGACGAGGUGCUUGUGCGCCUGCUCGACAUAACGCAUGUAGACGACACAGAGAACGCAUUACAGUUUAUUAAAGUGCGCGGCGGUUUGCUUUCGAAUUAUUUAUUGGGUGGCGAGGGUUUGGCUAAACGCGCCCUGGAUUUGGAAAUUAUGCAAAAGCUACAACAGAUCAUUACAAUCGGCAUGGGCAAUGUUGAUGAACAUGAAGAUCUGCUAUUGAAUACUCUACCGCUGUUGAGCAUACUAACGGAAAAUGCGCCCGAUUUAAACUUUGAUGCGAAUCUCAAUAUACAGUUGUCACAUAUUUUGGCUGCCUCCACAAAUCCCGAUUUAGCGGAAAUGUGCCUUGAAUUGUUGCAUUAUCAGGCGGAAAAUGAUGAUGUGAAAUUGCUGCUGGCAAAGGAUGGCCUCUGUGAGACGAUCUAUAAUCUGCUUGAGAAAUAUAAGACUUUGGCGAGUACCAGUGAGGCGCGUGCGCUUAUGAAGCUGGCAUGCGAAUUGAUUGUAUUAAUACUCACGGGAGACGAAUCAAUGCAUUAUCUUUACUCGACGCCACUGCUUAAAAGCAUGGAGGACUGGCUCGAUUCGGAAGACAUCGAUCUUCUCACCACCGGUGUGCUUGCGCUGGGCAAUUUCGCGCGUACAGACAGCCAUUGCAUUUAUAUGGUAGAAAAUAAGAUUAUGAACAAAUUACUCGAUGUCUUGGCCAAAAAUAAUGGCGUAAAAGACGAUGUGCGCCUGCAGCAUGCACUGCUCAGCGCAUUGCGUAAUCUUGUCAUACCGAAGCCAAACAAAAAUGCUGUCAUACAAGCUGGACUUGUUGAAACCAUACUGCCAAUGCUGGAGAUACAUCAGCCGCCGGUCGUCUUCAAGCUGUUGGGUACUUUACGCAUGACAGUGGAUGGUCAAGAAAAACUGGCUUUGGAACUGCUACGCAAUAAGGCACUUAUCGAGCAACUUGUACACUGGAGCAAAUCGUCAGACUAUGCUGGCGUCACUGGCGAGUCGCUAAGGCUAAUGGCUUGGCUAAUCAAGCACGCCUAUUUGGGUCGCAUCGCUUACGCCUUGCCACGCAAAGGUGAUGCACCGGUUGAACAUUUCGCAGAUAAGCUGCCACCAGAGGAUUACGAUCGCAGCAGCUUGCAAGCAUUCAUCGCCAUUGAAGGCACCGUCGAGGCUAUGAUCAACAUGUUGACAUCACAACAUUUAGUCAUGCAAAACGAAGCGCUAAUUGCCUUAUGUAUAUUGUCUGUGGUGUAUUUGACGAAUAGCGCUGCCGCCAAGAGUGAUGAUGUGAAUCUGGCAGAGAUUUAUAUUAAAUAUGAAGUUGGUAAGAAAUUGGCAGAAUUAAUACGUAAAUCAUCGGACACAAUGACCAAGGAGAUUGUGGAAAAUUUGCAAAACUUUAAUAAUCUACUGCGCACUUCCGGCAAAUUGGUGACGCAUCUGGAGGAGAACAAUAUCAAUGAGUUGCUGAAGUCGAUACCGAUACUAACCGAGUACUGCACACUCUAAAAUUAUGCGUAGUGUGCGUCCAUAGCCACAGGGUUGGGGACUGUUGUCAGUUAGGGAACUGGCAAAAUCAAUUUGAUUUGAAGGUUUAUCACGCGUGUGUGGAUUAAUGUGAAGAAAUUUUAACUUAGGGAAAAAUGUUGGCAAAUGCAAAUUGUUGAAAUUGUUAAAGAAAAAACGCAUAAAUAAUACAUAUAUAAUAACUAGUUUAUUAUUUCUCUAAACACACAGAUAUAUGUACAUAUAUAGACAUAUAAGUGCUGACAUUCAAGAAUCUAUGUUUCGGCACAUUACAUUAACCACGUGAGAAGUAGAUUUGCAAAGAUUUCGUAGCGAACGAGUAAACGUUUUAGCAUUUUACGCGAAUUUUUUUAGUGUUGUGACCGUUUACUUACAUACAUACGUACAUAUUUACACCUACAUACAUAUAGUAUAUACUCACUGAAAUGUUUAAAUGCGAAAAUAUCAAUGUGCCGGCGGUAAAAAUGCGUAUAGGAGAAAUUUUUAAGAACAUAUAUAUAUAUAUAUAUAUAUUUAUAUAUAUUUUUUUUUGUUCUUAAUAUUUUUUUAAACUAUUUUUCUUUUUAAUAUUUGAGCUAAUUAGUGCGAUUUGAUAAAAGUAUGCAAAAUUGUAACACAAUCAGAAUUCUAAUAAGACAAAUUUAUUAGAAUUGUUCCCUCCUCGUCGCGACCAAAACUUUUUGCAGCAUAAUUUAAAUGAUAAAAAUAAACGCCCAUAACCAAUCUUAUGACUAUUAUUAUGGUAUUUUUGCAACAAAUAUUCAAAUUGAAAUAAUUUACAUUAACGAAGUAUUUUCUUAUUUAAGGGACACACCUGAUAUGUCAAUUCAAUUGCUUUAAAAAUUUACGAUUAUACACAGUAAAAUUUUUAAGAAAAAAUUAAACAUUUUACGAGUUACAUGCGAUCUCCGGAUGGUGCUAAAAAAGUACCUCCAUUGCCGCAGUAAUUCGUAUGUGAAACCUAAAAAAAAUUUCUACUAAAAUAUAUUGUUCGUACAAUGACCUAUGCUAUUGUCAAAAAAAAAAUCGGAAAUUGACAAAAUCGCAACGUUAAACCAAAAUAAGCUUAAUUUUUUCCAAAAUAAAAAAACUGAUAGGUCAUUGUAUGGAGAACUAUGUAUAUGCAGAACUUGCAGAAAAAAUCUGAUAGUGAGAAAAACGCGUUUAAAGUUAUCUUUAUAUCAAUUUAUAUUGAUGGAGCUGAUUAAAGUGAUUGAACUGAGCGGCUACACUUUGGAAGGCUGUAACUCAAAAACCUAUUUCAGAUAUCGAUUUAAUUUUUUAGUAUGUUAUUCAUAAAGGUACAGUCAAUUGUAAAUAAAAAAAAAUUUCACACUAGAUGUGCCCCUUAAUAUUUGCGUAACAAACUUAGUUAGUUUUGAAUUUUUCGCAAAUAGUUAACAUUUUUUGCCAGCACGAAUUUCUUAACUCUCGUCCACACAUACUUUAGGUUUCCACCUGUACGCAUGUGCUCACAUAAUACAUACAUUUUACAUAAUACAAAUAGAUGGCACAUAAAUAUGAAAUAUAGCGUCAUCUGCACGAAUGCAAAUUAUUUUAAAUAAUCAACAGUAUAUUGUGAAUUUUAUUUAAUAUACACCCAUAAAUAAACAUACAUACAUUAUAUUAAUUAAAAAUUUAAUGUCGCACAUUAGUUUAUAAGUAAUAAGUACAUAUAUAAUAAAGUUGAGAGAAUCGUAGUGAGUGUGUAGUCGCACAUGUACUAGCGCUAGAACAACGAUUUGCAGUCAGACUUGUAGUUUUUAGUAAUAGCAUAUACAAUAUUGAAGCAUUGUAUCGUAAUUUAGUAGUAGAAGAAAAAGGUAUCGUAAAAUUCAAACCUCAGCAAAAAAAAAACAUAUAUCUUUUUUUUGAAAAACAGAAGAUGCAGAUAGUAGUAAUUCAAGAGUUAAAAAAUCAGUAAUUAUUAAUAUUUGAUAUUAAAAAAUUCUUAAUCAUCCACAUAUUUUUUAUGUACAAAUUACAUCUUUAACGAUGCAAAACUCUCUCUCAUUGAAAACUAUCAUAUAUUCUUCUAUUAUAUAAAUUACAUACAUAUAUUUUUGAAAAACUUGCAUGUUUCUUCCUCAAAAACGAUUUCUAACGGAUGUAAUUAAAAAAAACUUUUUUAAAUUUAUAUUUAUAUAUUUAAGCUCCAAAGUAAAUAAAAUGUAAGUGCGUUGGAGAUGCUUGAAAUAGCACAUGUGCAUGCAUAAAUAUAUUUUACCGUUUCGCAAAGUA